AUAGAAAUCUGAAAUUCUAACAACAGUGAAGAAGAAUCCUUCGCAACCAUUUCAAAUGCAAGAUCUCUUCGGAUCAGUUCGCCGGUCACUAGUUUUCCGUUCUACCGCCGACGAUGAGAACCAAGAGAAUCAUCCUCCUCCGUUUCCUACUCUUCUCGCCGAUAAAAUCACUUCGUGUAUCCGUAAAUCCAUGGUUUUCGCCAAAUCCCAAUCACCUCCGAGUAACUCCACCGUACAAAUGAAACCUCCGAUUCGGUGGCGGAAAGGUCAGUUAAUUGGCCGUGGUGCUUUUGGUACUGUGUAUAUGGGGAUGAAUCUCGAUUCCGGUGAACUUCUCGCCGUUAAACAGGUUUUGAUUGCAUCUAAUUGUGCAUCCAAGGAAAAAACUCAGGCUCAUAUUCAGGAGCUUGAAGAGGAAGUGAAGCUACUCAAGAAUCUCUCCCAUGCAAAUAUAGUUAGGUAUUUGGGUACGGUGAGGGAAGAUGAAACAUUGAAUAUCUUGCUUGAAUUUGUUCCUGGUGGAUCUAUAUCUUCACUUUUGGAGAAAUUUGGAUCCUUUCCUGAAUCUGUUGUUCGGACAUACACAAAGCAACUGCUUUUAGGCUUGGAGUACCUUCACAAUCAUGCGAUUAUGCACCGUGACAUUAAGGGUGCUAAUAUCCUUGUGGAUAAUCAAGGAUGCAUUAAACUUGCUGAUUUUGGUGCAUCCAAACAGGUAGCUGAGUUGGCUACUAUUUCGGGUGCCAAAUCUAUGAAAGGGACUCCCUAUUGGAUGGCUCCAGAAGUUAUUCUUCAAACUGGGCAUAGCUUUUCUGCUGAUAUUUGGAGCGUAGGUUGCACAGUGAUUGAAAUGGUAACUGGCAAAGCUCCUUGGAGCCAGCAGUAUAAAGAGAUUGCUGCUAUUUUUCACAUUGGAACGACGAAGUCGCAUCCUCCAAUCCCUGACAAUAUCUCCUCUGAUGCAAAAGAUUUUUUGCUCAAGUGUCUGCAGCAGGAACCAAAUCUGCGGCCAACCGCUUCUGAGCUGCUAAAGCAUCCAUUUGUUACGGGCAAACAGAAGGAAUCUGCUUCUAUAGAUCUUGCUUCAGUCAUGGAAAAUUCAUGCAGUCCUUUAACAUCAGAGUUGACUAACAUUAAGAGCUAUCAAAUGUCUACAAGUGAAGAUGUAGGAGACAUCUGUAACUUGGGUAGUCUGACUUGUACACUUGCUUUCCCUGAGAAUUCAAUCCAAAAUAACAGUUUGUGUCUGAAAGGUAAUAACGGGUAUGAUGAGGAUGAUGAUGAUAAUGAUAUGUGUUUGAUUGACGAUGAGGAUUUCUUGACAUAUAAUGGAAAAACUUGCCCUAGUCUUGACAAUAAUACUGAUGCCGAGAAGAGCUGUGAUACCAUGAGUGAGAUCUCUGAUAUUUUGAAGUGCAAAUUUGACGAAAAUUCUGGAAAUGGAGAAACAGAGACGAAAAUUAGUAUGGAAGUUGACCAUCCAUCGUACUCAGAGGAUGAAAAUGAGCUGACCGAGUCAAAAAUCAAAGCUUUCUUAGAUGAAAAGGCUGCAGAUUUAAAGAAGUUACAGACGCCCCUCUAUGAAGAAUUCUACAACGGUAUGAUCACAUGCUCUCCCAUCUGCAUGGAGAGUAACAUCAAUAACAAUAAACGAGAGGAGGCACCUCGUGGUUUCUUGAAACUGCCUCCAAAAAGUAGGUCUCCGAUUCAGGGCCAUAUUGGUCGUUCACCUUCUAGAAGAACAGAUGCAGCCUGUUGUUCCAAGAGCCCAGAGAGUGGUAGUAGCUCUGGUGUGCCGAAUAAUAGCAAUGCAAGUGCUGGUGCAGAACAAGAAUCAAACAGCCAGAGUGCCUCUCUGUCAGAGAUAGAGAGGAAGUGGAAGGAAGAGCUUGAUCAAGAACUUGAAAGAAAGCGAAGAGAGAUUACACGGCAAGCAGGGAUGGGAUCAUCCCCGAGAGAUAGAAGCUUGAGCCGACAUAGAGAGAAGUCAAGGUUUGCAUCUCCAAGCAAAUGAUCUGUACAAAAAUCCAGCCAAUUUUGCACUUUUGUCUCUAAGGCUCUUACUGCUUCUAAAGCUUUGCUUUUGAUCUUUCAAUUUCUCAUCUAGUAUAUAUGAUAUAGACAUAUAAAUGUGCCAACUAAAU